ACCGGCCACUGAAACGUUUGAUUAUACAAACAAAAACAGGUGUUGCAGGCUCCACAUCUAAAUUAUGAAUUAUUUAAGAGUUAUUCGGAAUAAUUGGAAAAAAUGCACAUUCGGAGCUUGUGUCUCGGUGUACGCUCUUCAGUCACUGAAAACCCACAUAGAGAUCGAACAAUAUAUGAGAGAAUUUUCGGCCAAAGCACAGUCUAAUGCAGCUGCUACAUCGGAACGGCCGAAAAAGGUGCUGGUGGUCAUGAAUCCAGUUGCCAAUAAAAAGAGAUCUGAAAAAUUUUUUAAAAAUUACUGUGAGCCGGUAUUGCAUUUAGCAGGAUAUUCGGUGGACAUACUACGAACAAAUCACAUUGGUCAUGCUAAGACCUACAUCCAGGAGCUGGCAUCCUUACCUGAUGCAAUUGUGGUGGCUGGAGGCGAUGGAACCUCGUCGGAGGUAGUCACUGGACUGAUGCGAAGGCGCGGCAAACUGUGUCCCAUCACCGUUCUUCCCCUCGGGCGCUCCGUUCAGGAUGCAUCCAAAAAGUUCCCUAUUUUUGGGGUGAAAGAUGUGGAGUAUGUCAAGUCGCUCUGCUCAGCACUGGAACCGAUGCUCAAAGAUGAGAGCAAGUACCAGAGCGUUCUACGUUUCGAUGUGAUCAACGAGACGGACGACGACGAGCAGCAUUUGAAACCAAUAUACGGCUUAAGUGGGCUCUCUUGGGGCCUACUGAAGGACAUUGACUUGGCCAAGGAUAAGUAUUGGUACUUUGGACCGCUCCGGCAUUAUGCAUCUGCCGCAUUUAGAUAUUUUGCUGAUAACUGGAGCCUGAAGACUGACUAUGUGUACACUCCGCCCUGUCCGGGCUGCAUCGACUGCGCUUCCGCUCUUCAACGCCAGGAGGAUGUCCCCCUUCCGGCUGGACGUUUCACCAAUAUUUUAUUCAAGUACAAAAAGAGCAUACCGUCAGAAGAGCCGGCGCGGGCUCUCGUUAAGAACGACAAUUGCAGCAACAAGUUUGAGGGCAGCAUCGAGGCGAAUCAAAUCAACAUCAAGUGCACCCAGAACAAGGAUAACUUUGCCGAGCUGGAGAGCCAGUUCAUCAGUUCGCUGGAGCCGGGAUGGGACUACAUUAUGCAAAUUCCACAGGUGGUCGGGAGUAGUAGCAUUCUACCAACCUUGGUGGUGAAUAGUCGGACUAUUCAGCUUCAUCCUGCCGGAGAGAUGGCAGACAAAUUUUACUCAAUCGACGGGGAGGAGUACGACGCUAGACCAAUUAAGGUAUCUGUUGUUCCCAAUGCUAUUAAAGUGUUUGGUUAAGAUUUUCAA